AUGUCCAAUUUUACCUCGCGAAAAAUGUCUCCCACGGGAAAUGAUAUGAAGAGUACCACUCAGGGGACCACAUUGAGGCAACAGGGUUUUCAUGAGGUUAACAAAAGAAGGACUUUCUUACAAGACAACAGCUGGAUAAAGAAACGUCCCGAAGAAGAAAAAGAUGAAAAUUAUGGUAGGGUGGUGCUCAACCGACAUAACUCCCAUGAUGCCUUGGACAGGAAAGCAAAUGAGAGAGAUGAGCCAAAAGCUACGAUUAGUCGGUACAGAUCUGAUGACACUUUAGACAGGAUCUCAGACAGAAAUGAUGCCGCUAAAACAGAUAAGGCCAAUACCUUGGAUAACCGACUAACCAAUAGAAACAUGUCCACGUUUAGAUCACCAGAAGCAACAAAGAUGCAACCUGGAGUUUCGUUCAGUGCCAACACCACCAGCACCGCAGCUCCCACCUCUGCUACAACUCCUGUAAAGAAAAAGAGACAGUCCUGGUUUCCACCACCUCCUCCAGGUUACGGCACCACCCCAAGCACAGGAGCAAGCAGAAGGGAACCAACUGUUCACCCUCCAAUACCUCCAAAGCCCAGUUCUCCUGUUUCAUCUCCUAACCGGCUGAGACGGGAGAAUAGGCAGAUAUGUCCACCUAAACCACGUGUAUAUACAGAAACCAACAGAUCUGUUGAAAGAAAUAUAAGGAGUCAGGAUCUCGAGAACAUUGUCAAAGUGACCACUUCACUUCAGAAAACUAACAAGGGUGAAGAAUUAGAUAAUCUCAUCAAAAUGAACAAAAGCUUGAAUAGAAAGCAAGGUCUUGAUGGUCUCUUCAGAGCAAAUCCUAAGGCAAAGCAAACAGAGAAAAGAGCCAAAAGCCUUGAAAAUCUCAUUUUUAUGAAUACUCGGACAGACAAAGACGGCAAAGGAAACCAAGGCCUUGGAAGUCUUAUUAAAGUUAAUCAAAGGACUGACAAAAAUGAGAAAGGAAGCCAAGAUCUCGAAACGGUUAUCAAAGUAAAUGCCAGGACAGAUAAAACUAGGAGAGGAGGUGAAGACCUUGAUAAUCUUAUCAAAGCAAAGCCCAAAGGAAGUGAAAACACCACUGGCAAACAAGACCUCAAUGGAUUUAUUAAAGUGAAUCCUGAAACAAAUAAAAGUAUCAAGAGGGGCCAGAGCCUUGACAAUCUCAUUAAAGUGACUCCUGAAGUAAACAGAAGUAACGCAAGUUCCAAAGAUCUUGAUAACCUCAUCAAAGUGGUUCCAAGAACAGGAAAAAGCAUGCAAGGUGGCCAAAUUCUUGACAGCCUCAUCAAAGUGUCUCCUGAAACAAACAGAACUAACCAAAGCAGGAAAGAAGGUCUUGAUGAACUUAUUAAUGUGGGCCCCAAAGCUGUCAAAAACAUGGCUGGAAAUCAAGAUCUUGAUAAGCUCAUCAGAGUGAAUCCUGAAACUCUCACCAACAACCAGAGAAACCAGGAUCUGGAUAACCUCAUCAAAGUGAAUCCUGCAGUGACCAGAAGCAGUCAGAGUGAAGGCUUGGACGACCUUGUCAAAGUGAAAUCUUCAGCUCUCAGAAACCCUGAGCGAGACCAAGACCUGAAAAAUGUAAUUGAAGUAAAUUCUAAUGUGCCUAAAAACAAAAAUGGAAGCUUCAAUGCUGAAACCAGGAAUGCAGGACCGAAGGAUACCUUUGUGUAUACGAGGACGUACGUGGAGAACAGUAAAUCACUGAAGGAUGGAUAUCAGAAUAUCUCUGGAAAAUACAUACAAACUGUUUAUUCGACUUCAGAUAGGUCUGUCAUUGAAAGAGAUAUGUGUACUUAUUGCCGGAAACCUUUGGGCACAGAAACAAAAAUGAUUUUAGAUGAAUUACAAAUUUGCUGCCAUUCCACUUGCUUCAAGUGUGAAAUAUGCAAAUGGCCUUUGGAAAACCUACAAGCAGGUGACAGUAUUUGGAUUUAUAGACAGACAAUACACUGUGAACCUUGCUACUCUAAAGUAAUGGGUAGAAUAACCGAGAUGAUAUUGGAUAGCGGGUCAACAGAACUACAUGAGGGCAAGUUCCCUGAUGUCUUACUGGCGUGGCGAAUAAAAGAGGAGCAUGUGCAGUUCUUACAUGGGAUCCAAAAUAUGGAAUUUAACGAUAAAUGUGUGACAUUAAUGAGGUCCUCCACCGGCCCCGCCCACCCGGCGUUCGCGCCCCGCCCCGCCCCGAGGCCGCGGCUAAAACCCGGAGCCGCCGCGGCGCCCAAGGGACUGGAGGGACGCUCUGAGCAUGUGCAGAGCUGUUUGGCGGCGGCUGCUUCGGCCGGAGGCUGGGCCCCGGUGCUGAUGCGAACAGCCGGCUCGGCCUCUGCUCCAGCGUGGUCGGCGCCCCGGGCCCGGGUGGCAGGGAAGGAGCCGUAG